UGGCUGGGACUGGUUCCAGUCUGGAGCCAUGGAUCAGUGGGGCUGGUUCCAGUCUGGAGCCAUGGAUCAGUGGGGCUGGUUCCAGUCUGGAUUCUUGGAUCAGUGGGGCUGGUUCCAGUCUGGAUUCUUGGAUCAGUGGGGCUGGUUCCAGUCUGGAUUCUUGGAUCAGUGGAGCUGGUUCCAGUCUGGAGCCAUGGAUGAGUGGAGCUGGUUCCAGUCUGGAGCCCUGGAUCAGUGGAGCUGGUUCCAGUCUGGAUUCUUGGAUCAGUGGGGCUGGUUCCAGUCUGGAGCCAUGGAUCAGUGGGGCUGGUUCCAGUCUGGAGCCCUGGAUCAGUGGAGCUGGUUCCAGUCUGGAUUCUUGGAUCAGUGGGGCUGGUUCCAGUCUGGAGCCCACCCAGCCACCCCCAGCACUGGGAGUGCUGCCUGUGCCAGCCCCCCAGGCUGAUUCAGAGCUGUGCCUCCAUCCCUGUGUUGUGUUUUUGCAGGAGGACUUCGAGGAGCAACUGUGAUCGAUGCCUUGGACACCCUGUACAUCAUGGAACUCGAGGAGGAAUUCCAGGAAGCCAAGCAGUGGGUGGAGAAAAGCUUUGACUUGAACGUGAAUGGAGAAGCUUCCCUGUUCGAGGUGAACAUCCGCUACAUCGGAGGGCUCCUGGCCACCUACUACCUGACUGGAGAGGAGGUGUUCAAGAGCAAAGCUCUGGAACUUGGAGAGAAACUUCUGCCAGCCUUCAACACCCCCACUGGAAUCCCACGUGGAGUCAUCAACCUGGGCAGUGGCAUGAGCUGGAGCUGGGGCUGGGCGUCAGCUGGAAGCAGCAUCUUGGCAGAAUUUGGGACCUUGCACCUGGAAUUCCUGCACCUCUCCGAGCUCUCUGGCAACCCAGUGUUUGCAGAAAAGGCAAGUGACCCCCAGGCUGGGCUUUGGGUUGUUGUGUGGGUUUUAGCCAGAGAAGGCACAGCCAAAGUGGAGCCCUGAGGUGGAUGCACAUCCCUCAGGAGGCUGCUCUGGGGGACACAGAUUGUUCCAGGCAGAAUCCAAACUGCCCCCUGUGAGCCCAGGGCAAAUGGGGGCUUGUCCCUCUGUAAGCCC